AUGAAGUAUCCACGCGCAGUUCACCCUCAUACACCUGAGAAGGCUGUGGUCAAAACAGUCGGAGAUGAUCAGAUCAAGCGUGUGUCCAUCGCGAACAUCCCAUGCAACGAUCCGCAAUGCCAUUGCCACUUCAUAUACCCCAAACUGUACCCCGAGAUUGAAGCUAUCGUGUGCGGUCCAGACUCAGGCCAGGUCUGCGAGCUGCACCAGCACAAUACCAAGCUAGACGUGGCGUUCGAUGCGGUCGGCAACCAGAUGUUCAUCAACGAGCACCACGUCUGUCCUGUCAACCGUCGCGUGUCUCUGGACGUUGGCGUGAUUCUCAGAGCCAAGGACGUGCAGUUCGUUAACCUCGAAGGCCUGUCCGACCACUCCCUCCUUCUGACCCUACGGAUCGGACGCACUGCAUCGGCCGUGCGAGGCAGCAAGAUGAUCCUGAAGGAAAAGGUGGUCGGCUUUCUCCCGGAUCCUCCCCGCAUGCGUGUGUUCGAGGAUCUGUACGAGUGUCGCUGGCCCGAGAAGAUCAUACAGAUCCAGUUGCCCGAGAAAAGAUGCAGGGGCUGGGAGACAGUGGCGGUGAUCCUCAAGACAUUCAAUCAGAUCACCGCGGAGAACUACUGUCGCAUGGCUGGAAUGAUGAUGACCCCCCUUGUGGGAGGCUUGAAUGUGCGCGCCAUUCAGAAGGAGAUUCAAGUCAUUAAGGAGAAAGGGCCACGCAAGGUUCGCCGCCACGAUCCUGUGUCAGCGAAAUAUAAGGUUGAGGUGAACGAAAAGGACAAAAUGAAGCGCAUCAAUCAUGCAUACGAAGUGCAUCUCAUGGCCUUCAUUUAUAGCUCAUCCCGGUUCACUCCACGUGAGUACAAGAACAGGCUGUCUUAA